CCUCCCUCUGUGAACAUGAAGGCUGAGACCUACGGCACUAUGUACGAUAAUUCCGACGCGUCUGUACGAUUAUUUCUCCAGACGAAUCUGGCAACUCUGGCUGUACCGUGUACUAUGUUUUGACGUUUUGUAGUUUAGUGUAGUUUAGCAUAGCCGAAAAAUGGCGUAAAGUGUAGUAGGUAUUUAGUUCUCUUGUUUAUUUUAUGACUUAAUCUGUUUUUAUAAUUUUGUGAUUCACCAUCGUUUGUGCUAGAAGGGUGGAAAAAUGUCACGUGCAAAACCCAAACAAAAUUUGGAGGUGUGCGGUGAUUGUGGAGCCUUAGAUGCCACUUGGGCCUCAGUGAAUAAAGGCAUUUUAUUAUGCACGCCGUGCUGUAGCAUCCACCGUAGCCUCGGAAGACACAUUUCUCAAGUGAAGUCUUUGCUGAAGGGGUCAUGGCACCCCAAUCAGCUGAAUAUGGUUUAUGCGUUGAAUAACAAUGGUGCAAAUAAUAUAUGGGAACAUGCAUUGUUUGAAAAUGGAUCUAAGCUAAUGAAGAAGAAACCCACAGCAAAAGAUUCCAUCAAUAUCAAACAGGAAUAUAUCAAGAUGAAACAUGUGCAGUGUGCAUUUGCAUUUCGUGAAAGCUAUGAAGAUGGUUUGUUAAGUGUGGAAAAUGAGCUGGGAAAACAGCUCCAUGCAAGUGUACGCACAGCUAACCUGGAGACCUCUUUUAGGCUGUUAGCAUUGGGAGCAGAUCCAAACUACUUCCAUGAUGAGAAAGGGUCAACACCCUUGCAUAUUGCGAUAAAGUCAGACCAAAAGCUUCAGGUAGAAUUGUUGUUAGUACAUGGGGCUGACCCUUCCUACCCUGAUAAUCAGGGCAAAACAGCACUUGAUUAUGCAAGAAAAUUCAAUAACAGGGAUUUGCUCAGCAGAUUAAUAGAAAACCAGUAUGAAGUAACAGAUACUUUUAGUUAUUACUUAUCGCUGCAUAAACCAGAUCACAAUAGUGGAAUGCAUUUUUACAUCCCACAAACUGGUUUCAAGUCCAAUUCUGUGUGCCUCUCAAAGCUUCAAAAGAUAAACAAUACCCUUUUUGAAGAACUUGCAAUGGAUGUAUUCGAUGAGGUGGAUCGUCGGGAGACGGAAGCAAUUUGGCUAAGCUGUGGCGAUACCACCGACUUUAACGGAGUCCCAUUUCUACCAGUAGAUAACACGCUUUCUACCACCAGAAAUCAAGGCAGGCAGAAGUUAGCAAGAUUUUCCACUCCAGAGUUCAAAAGUUUAGUCUAUGACAUUUUGGUUGAUACACAAAGAAGGCAGAUGAUGUCCGAUAAUGCUCAUUUUUCCCAAUUCGGGGAAAUGUCAACUGUUGAUGACGAUCCCUUAUAUGAUUCGGUAGCGUCAGAUGAAGAUUAUGCUUCAGUUCCUGAUGAAGAGAAACCAACAUCCCCAAAUACACUGUCACCACAGUCGCAACAUUCUGACCCUUCACAUAAUACGAACAAAGAUAGUAUUAUAUCUUUGGAUAGUGUGAGUAAAACGAAUCAAAUAUUGGAACAAUUAACAAAGCAGCUGAAAAAUUCUGAUAAUACCAUCACGGACUUAAAAAAUGAGGUUUAUAAGUUGAGACAGUAUGUGAAGGUUCUACAAACGGAGAAUUCAAUACUCAAGAACAAACUUGCUCAAACCAAAGCUUCUUCUAGGGUCAAUGGAGAUAGCAGAUUUGAGUCCCUAGAACAUAUUUCUGAGACCGACUCUGGUUCAAUUCAGAAUGGACGUGUUGCAGACGAAGUUGACUUUAGGCACAGUAGAAGAAAUCAGAGGCCGACGAGCAUGUAUGAAACCCGAGAGGGCAUCAGUAAAGUUCCUAAUUGGCAUGUUAUGAAAAACCAGUUAAAACAUGGAGAUUCAAUAAGAAACACAAUGCAUAGCACAUACGUUUCAUCGCAGGAUCGAGAAACUGUCUUGCAAUGCACAGAACAAAUAACUAGAACCAUUCAACAUUUAUGUAGGUGUAUACAAGAUCCUGAAAAAGAGGAAUGUGUUUCUAGCGCAGAGGGAGUCAAAUUGGCCAUCAUUCGACUUGCUUCUCAUCUACCUAAAGAUGCUGUAAAAUUUCGCUCUUAUAAACGUUAAGGACAAUUUCUUUUGCCUGAAUAUUCAGACGUUCCUUCUUGUCACGUUUUCGGGGCGGAGGCAUCACUGAAGAGAAGGCAUGGCUGAAGGAAGCAUUGGGUGAAAUAUUCUCAGUUUCCUCUGCUGUAUCCGUAGACGACAUGCUAACGUAUAAACACUGUAUGCACCGAAUAUGAACAGCAACUGCCGGCGCCGGCGUGCCGGCGAUACCCCGAGCCUGAGUUCUAUCCUGCACUUGUUCGUAGUUCUAUGACCGAAUGACCAAUAGCUAUUGCAACGCUUAGGCGGCUGCCGGUUUGCCGCGCUGCAUCUUUGUUGUGCCGGGACGUAAAUGGACUUCGAAUCGGGUAUAAACAAUUUAUGACCUCACAUAGAAAAACUCGUAUUUUGGUUAUACCGAAAAUUGAGGAUUUCUUAGGUUGGGGUGUUAGACUUUUGGAAUGCUAAUAGUGAGUUUGUGCGCUCUAACCAUCUUGCAAACACAUUUUUGAUCUAUAAGACGCAUAUGCUUUUUCAAAAUCUUAGUGGAUCUGAUGAGUUAUAAAUAUCCAGACUUCUACGGUUCCUAUAAUAAAUUUCUUCAGAUUCAUUUCUGAAACUCCUUUGUUACGGGAUAUAGAUAAAAGUAUAAUAUGUUUAAACUAUUUCAAGUGGGAUAGUACUGAUUUAUAAUCUUAAUACUGUUAACUACUACUAGUGUGCCAAAAUACAGUCUCUCCUAAUUUUUUUCCGGCGUUGAGUAUCUCCGCAGUCUCUGUGGCUUAUACGGCAUAUUUUUACGAAACAUUUGCAUUUGAUCACAUUUCAUUUUGAUCUAGGUUGUUAACCACUUAAACGUAUCAUUGUCACUUUAUUUGGUAUUUUUAGGAAACUGAGGCUGAAAGGAUGAAACAAAUGAUAGAUUUUGUAUCAAAGUUACAACCAGAGUGUCAAGCCUUGCAAAACUCACACAUAAACAACGAUAGUAAAAACGUUGAUGUUCACUUCGGUAAUAUUAGAGAUAUAGCAUUCCAACUUGCCAAAAUUACAAAAGAUGUGGUGACGAAAUACUCUUCAGGCCAGUAGAAGACGAAGUUUAUUUAACAAAACGACUGAACGUAGUAUAACGAGGUAGUCCUUUGAACAUAAUGUCUUCAGUAUGUUGAAAACACAAGUAAUCGUUAGUACGAGUAAGUUUUAACAGAUGGUAGUUUGGAUUGUGCAAUUCCGUUAAAUAAGUUUUUGGUCCAUUCUCAUUCAAGUAUUAAUAAUUGAUAAAACAAUAGUUUUCUAGUUCUAUGAAACAUUUUUCUUUGCUUCAUUUAAUGGUCGGCUAUGACAACUGACAAACAUAAGAAUUGGUAAAUUAUUUUCUGUUACACUAUUUACAUUCAAUGUUUUUCAAAACAUUAUAUUAGAAUUUUGACUACUGUUAUUAAUGAAUAUUGGUUUAUAUAAUGUUUACAUGUUUUAUCAGUACUUGUCUUCAACCUGCUUGGUAGAACACACAUAAUUAUUAUGCAAAAUUAUUGGCUAUUUUUUAAAAAAACAGGAAGCGUCUUAAAAAAGUAGCAGAGUUACAAAAAAUAUAUAGUUUUCAAGUUUCUUAUAGAAUUUUUACAUAAGGUGUAUAUUUCAUUAUUUUUUAGCUUACUGCAAAAGUUGUCGAAUUUGGAUUUUUUUACUUGUUUUUGUCUCAUGUUCUGUAGGCCUAGAAGUUAUAUCCAAUGUUUGAAGGUAAGUUGUUUCCAUUACAGUAUUAAUUAAAAACAGAUGGCCACAUGAAGUUCUAAGGUUACUUUUGAAAUUAUCGUUUUAAUUUUUUAUGUUUGUCAGGGUCGUAGCGUCGGAGCGUAUGAAGAACAAAAUCUAGGUCUGUGAUACUUUUUAUGUUUUGCCAAUAUAUAUUUUAAGUAGUAUUUUAGAUUUAUAAUUUCUACAUUUGAAAUGCAAUAAGAACGCGAACUAGUUUUGGUUGUGUGAAAUGAUGCAAAGAAAUAUGAGCACUGAUCUUAUUAAUGAUUCCUUUCCUGUAUUAAGAAUUCCACCUACAGUUUUAUUACAUUUUAUGUCUGUCAGUUGUACACUAUGUUAUAGUUUUUAUUUGUUGUAUUGCUUCGAAUUUUCGUUUUGUAAAUUUUAUCAUUUAUAUGUGUAUAUUCUUUGCUAUUAUGUUAUUUUUUUAUUUAACAUAAUCUUAUAUACUUAGAUCCCAUAAAUUCAUCGAUCUUGAUAAAUCCAUGGUUCAUUUGCAGUUCAAACUAACAUUUUGCUAAAGCCCUUUUAGGAAGAAAGACGUUCGAUCAUGGUAUUUUAUCGACAGCUUUCCGCAAAAUUGUCCAAAAAGCUACAUUCGAACUGGAAUCAAUCAUAUUUGAUUGUAGGAUUCUGGUGGUGCGGUAGUAUAAAAUCCGCGUAUUUUAGCGAAAAAAACUGUAUUUGAACCAUUGUUUUAUCAGGUUAGACAAAUUGUUAUAGGAUCUGGGAAUAUUAUCAUUACCAAGUUGUUAUGAGUAAAUAGCUUUUAUAAAAUUAACGUGUUGUCACAGAGCAAGAAAAACUUACACACGCUGCUUAAAGGUUGGUUCUCACUAUACAUUCCGUUUCCAUUCCGUAACCGUUCCGCAAAUUAUUGAAAUUAAAUAUUCGCCUUCGCUUAAAGCAGGCUAUUGCAUGUGUAUGCACAUUAUCCGUACGGUAUACUGUGUAUACAAUCAAAUUGUACUGAACGUUUACGAAACUGAUAUGGAAUGGAAACGGAAUGUAUAGUGAGAAUCAACCUUAUAAUUACUUGGUGUAUUCUGUUACUUGACUGAGUUCUGUUUCUGAAGAACACUUAGUAUACUAAUAAUAUCUAAAGCUUUACAAUUAUAUUGUUUUAUAUAUACAAUAAAAAUAUAUUGUUAUCAA